UGUAAAAGUAAAACUAAAAAGAAAACAGGAGAAACUCUUAUAACUUGUUAUUAUUGAGGCACCAAAACCAAAUUGUUCAUCCAUCUAAUCUUAAAUCUACCUGUCAAAAAAAGAGAAGAGACUCUGUGCUCUGUUCCACUAUGGUUGCUACAGCAACAACACAGCUCGGCUGUUGUGGAACAGAGCCUCUCAGUCUCAGUUUCAGGUGCACCUACUUUCCGGCCCGUUUUUCACUCCCAAACAGAUGGACCAGGUCCAACCGGGUUUUUGCCGUCGCCACCGAUCCCAAACCCUCCUCCACGUCACCACCAAGCUCCGUCAAAUCGAAGUCCGUCAACGGAGCUUCCACGAGAAUUGGAGAAGUAUCAAAGGAGAUAAAAAGAGUGAGGGCACAGAUGGAAGAAAAUGAAGAGUUAGCGAUACUGAUGAGAGGUCUUCGGGGUCAGAAUCUAAGGGAUUCACAGUUUGCUGCGGAUGAUGUUCAGCUUCGCCUUGUUGAGGUAGAUGAAAGCAGUGAGUUUUUGCCGUUGGUGUAUGACCCUGCUAGCAUUUCAGCAUAUUGGGGAAAACGACCACGUGCUGUUGCAACACGUAUUGUCCAGUUGCUAUCUGUUGCUGGGGGUUUUCUUUCACGCCUUGCUUUGGAUGUGAUAAACAAGAAGGUCAAAGAGAAUGAAGUUGCUAGAGCAAUCGAGUUAAGGGAAAUUGUUACCUCUUUGGGUCCGGCAUAUAUCAAACUUGGUCAAGCAUUGAGCAUUCGACCAGAUAUACUGUCACCUUCUGCAAUGAUUGAGCUGCAAAAACUUUGUGAUAAGGUUCCUUCAUUUCCAGAUGAUGUAGCUAUGGCUCUUAUAGAGGAAGAACUUGGUCAGCCAUGGAAUAAUGUCUAUUCUGAGCUAUCAUCUUCACCAAUUGCUGCUGCAUCUCUUGGACAGGUGUAUAAGGGCCGUUUGAAGGAAAAUGGGGAUCUGGUGGCUGUCAAAGUGCAAAGGCCAUUUGUUCUUGAGACGGUUACAGUCGAUUUGUACGUCAUACGGAACUUGGGUUUGGUUCUACGGAAGUUUCCACAGAUCUCGGUAGAUGUAGUCGGAUUGGUUGAUGAAUGGGCUGCUCGUUUUUUCGAAGAGUUAGAUUAUGUUAAUGAAGGGGAAAAUGGAAAAAUCUUUGCUGAAAUGAUGAAGAAGGACCUUCCUCAGGUUGUUGUACCCAAAACCUACCAGAAAUAUACUUCAAGAAAGGUUCUUACCACAGGAUGGGUAGAAGGAGAGAAGCUGUCACAAAGUAAAGAAAGUGAUGUAGGAGAGCUGGUUAAUGUUGGAGUCAUAUGCUACCUAAAGCAGUUGCUGGAUACUGGAUUUUUCCAUGCAGACCCUCAUCCAGGAAAUCUAAUCCGCACUCCAGAUGGAAAGCUAGCCAUACUUGACUUUGGUCUAGUUACAAAAUUAACUGACGAUCAAAAAUAUGGAAUGAUUGAAGCAAUUGCACACCUCAUUCAUCGAGAUUAUGGAUCUAUAGUCAAAGACUUUGUUAAACUUGGUUUCAUCCCAGAGGGGGUUAAUUUAGAUCCCAUCUUGCCUGUUUUGGCUAAAGUUUUUGAUCAGGCACUUGAAGGUGGAGGAGCCAAAAAUAUCAACUUCCAGGAGCUGGCUUCAGAUUUGGCACAAAUAACUUUUGAUUAUCCAUUUAGAAUACCCCCUUAUUUUGCUCUUAUAAUCAGGGCAAUUGGGGUGCUGGAAGGCAUAGCUUUAGUGGGAAAUUCUGAUUUUGCUAUUGUAGAUGAGGCAUAUCCAUAUAUUGCACAGAGGCUGCUGACUGAUGAAUCCCCACGGUUACGGAAUGCUUUACGCUACACAAUAUAUGGGAAAUCUGGAGUUUUUGAUGCUGAAAGAUUCAUUGAUGUUAUGCAAGCCUUUGAAAAUUUCAUUACUGCAGCAAAAAGUGGAGGUGGAGAGAGUCUGAAUGGGGACAUGGCUGAACUUGGCAUAUUGCAAAGCCAAACAGGAUACAUCAUUCCUGGAUUGUCAUCCACUGUAUCUCAACCACAGCAGCCAAUUCAAACAAGGGCAGCUUUAGCAUUUCUGUUGUCUGAUAAAGGGAAUUUUUUUCGAGAAUUUCUUUUGGAUGAGAUUGUAAAGGGCAUUGAUGCAGUUACGAGGGAUCAGUUGGUACAAAUAUUGUCAGUUCUAGGAAUUAGAAAUGCUGUCCCAGUUUUUAGUUUGGUUCCUGCUUUUGGACCCUUUAAGCCAGCCGCACUUUUACCAACAAUAAACGAUGAAGACAAAGUUAUAUUGAAUAAUGUUCAAAAGGUCGUUGAGUUUCUGACUACAGGAAGUGCAAUAUCAAGAACAUCAAAUCAGGAUGUGAACGUUGAACAGGUCAUCCGAGAGCUUCUUCCAGUGUUGCCAGGCAUAUCCACCAAGGUGCUCCCGGAGGUGCUCAGUAGAUUAUCUUCCCGGGUAUUAGCACGAAUAGUCCGUGAUACAUUUUUGUAAAUAUUUUGCUCUAACUUAGCGGUUUAAGGCACCUAAAUUGUGCAUAUUUUGAUGAACAGGCACAAAUGCACCAAGGUUAUUGUAAUACAUUUAUUUGCCAGUGUUGUGCCAACACUGAGAUCCAAAAUUAUGCUUGUAUAUAUUAUACACAGCUUUUUUCUAUUA